AUGCUCGCCCCGCGUUUUGUCCGCCCGGUGUCGUCGCUCGUACGGCCCUUCAGCUCGUCUACCACCGUCUAUCGGGCUCCUUCCAUCCGUGACAUUACACCCGACUCGGCCGCUGAAUUUAACGCGCGUCAGAAGGAGUUCCGCGAGAAUUUGGAGGCAGCUCGCAAGAAGAGGGAACAGCAAGAGAGUCAGUCUGUCGAUGCUUCUGGUUCUACCCCAGCUUCCCCUGCUAUUCGUGAUCGCUUCCGUGAGUACGCUACCGCUUCCACUGCUCCCCGACCGAGCAAUGCGAGCAGUGAACUUAGCCCUGUUGUUGAUGCCGCCAACGUUCUUGAUAGCAAGGCAUUGGGCUUACUUUCCACCCACCGUUCUCUAGGAGACGAGCAGUUGUCGGAAGCCAACCAGUCUCCCAAGCGUGGCCCCUUGUCUUCGCUUAUUUACGGAACGAAGGAAGGCCAGCAUUUCGACAAGGACAUCGAGCGUUCAUUUUCGCAAGUCCUCGCUCGCGGCAAAUACGUCCAUUCGAUUGUCUUCCAUGAGGUCAAACCCGACAAAGUAGAUGAAUAUGUCGCUCUCGUCGGCGAGUGGUACCCCCGCAUGGCCAACACCGAAGAAAACAGGGUUAAUCUGGUUGGAAGCUGGCGCACGCAAGUGGGAGACAAUGACACAUUCGUGCACAUUUGGGAGUACCAGCGUUACGAGGGCUAUCAUGCCUCUCUGCAUAACAUUUCUCAACAUCCCGAGUUCCCAGCAUUUGACCGCAAGUUGAAGAGUCUGAUUAAGAGCAAGAAGACGUCCCUGAUGCAGGAAUUCUCCUUUUGGCCAACAACCCCUCCACGCCGCCUCGGCGGUCUCUUUGAGCUUCGGUCCUACACCCUUCACCCUGGAAACUUGCUUGAGUGGGAGACACACUGGCGCCGCGGCUUGAGGGCGCGCCGUGAAGUUAUGGAGGGUGUCGGUGCAUGGUUCGUCCAGAUUGGUGAUCUGAACACGGUGCACCACCUUUGGCAGUUUGCGAACCUGGAGGAGCGGAAGAUCCGUCGCGAGCAGUCUUGGGGCAUUGAAGGCUGGGCAGAGACAGUCCACAAGACGGUGCCACUCAUUCAAAGCAUGCAGAGCCGGAUUCUGAUCCCCAUGCCAUGGAGCCCGGUUGGCUAA